AUGGUGUUAUUUUCGGAUAUAGUGGACUUUACUCUCAGCUCGUCGCUGCAGCACUUCAUCCCUGCGGCCCUGCUGGUUGCGACUCCCAAGGGCUCUCCAUACCGCUACCUCGCGAUCCCACUUUUGAUAUUGAUGGGGAGCCUUUUCGUACGACCAAUGGAUCUCACAGCAUAUGUGCGAGCCAAUGCGAUCGGUUCUACUUUCACAGUCGUGAUCACGGCAAUUAAUCUUCUGCUGGUCAACCCAUUAGAUGAACGCGAUCUCGCGCGCGAGAAGCCAAACACAUUUUUCCGCUCCGGCCAUGUCUAUUACACAUUCGAAGUCUUUCUUAUGCCCCGUGGGAUUGCUACUCCGAGGCAGGUGAAGAAUGUUCCUGAGCAACCUGCCUACCUCACUCGACACGGCAAGGAGAUCCCUGUUGGCCGCUUUCUGCUUAGACAGGUUGUGAUACUCGCUUGGCAGUUUUUGGUUGUUGAUCUCUUCCAAGAGCUCGGUCGCCAGCGAGCAUUGGAGUCGGGCUACCAACCUGGCUUCAAGCCUAUUCCAUAUGAUGUCCCGCUGGAAAAAUGGAUUGAGCGGGGGGCUACCCAUAUCCUGGCCUGGUUCAUUAUCGGCCGACUUUUGAUCGACUGCCCUUUCAGACUUGCGUCUAUCCUAUUCGUUGGGCUUGGACUGGACACACCUGCGAAUUGGCCACCGGCAUUUGGCCGUCUGAAGGAUGUGUAUACGCUGCGACACUUCUGGAGCAAAUUCUGGCACCAGUUCCUGCGUCAACAUUUUACUGGGAUGAGUAAUUUCAUUUCUCGCGAUGUCCUCCAUCUCUCUAGGCCAUCCAUCCUGGAGCGGUACACGAACGUCUUUAUUGUAUUCCUCCAAUCAGCCAUCAUGCACAUCAUGAUCGACUUUGUAGCCGGUAUCCCUUGGAAACUUUCCGGCACGGUGGCAUUCUUCAUGUCUUUUGUCCUGGGGUUCAUGAUUGAGGACGGCGUGCAAGCUUUGUGGAACAGUAUCUUCCCACCGACGAAAACUGAGGAUGGGAAAAUCCUCACGCCGCUGUGGAAGAAGGUCGUCGGUAUGCUUUGGACUAUGACCUGGAUUGCUGUUUGGUCCACACCAUACUUGGAACGGAGUAUGCAGCUGCCUGCGAAUGAUCUUAUGCCUAUUGGCGUGGUCGACAAAACUGGGGUGACGCCAGUCGGAGGAGCGAUCUGUGUUGGUGCCAUCCUUCUGUGUCUUACUGUUGGUCCUGAGAUCUAG